AUGAACGUUGAUAAUCUCAUAACGGACCAGAGAUUGCAUUCCAUUCUGCAAACCUCGCACCAGGCUUGCGAUCAGGCGCACGCGCUUGUCGACCUCAUCGAUCAAAACACUUCGGAUACGCUCUCCGCGACGCAAAAGGCCGAGAUAUCAAAACAACAAUCACUGCUCCUCGCCACGGUCGCACAGCUGAGGGGCCUCAAUCGACAUGCGAACCUGGCAGCGAGGGAUACCAAAGCUGUGACGCUCGAGGCGCGCCAGACAGUGGAUAAGCUGCACCUUCAGCUGCAGAACCUGUAUUACGAGCAAAAUCACCUACAAGAUGAGAUUGCCGCGUGCGAAAGCUACGAUCACAAGUACCGCCAGCUACCGCUGAUGCCGGUGGACGAAUUCCUCGCACAAUAUCCCGACCAGGCCACAGACGACGAAAAUGCUCUGCUCUUUGCGCGAAUAGACCACGAACGUGUCGAAAGAGAGACGCUUGAGAACCAGCGCCAAGAGCUGCUCAAGAGGAAGCAGAAACUCAUUGCGGACAAUAAGCGGCGGAAGGAGGACCUGGCCAACCUAGACAACGAUCUAGAGAAGUUCAUUGACGCCGCGAAACCGAUCCAGAAGCUGUUCGAGAAGGAGGCCUGA